UCAUCUCAUGACGUGACUGCAUGAGUGAGAUAUGGAAUUAUGGAAAAUGAUAAUUCACCCUCUGCUGAGAGUACGAGUUAGGAAUAGAUCGACGUGGAACGCCAUCAGCAAAGUUCUUCACACAACACCGGAUGCUUCCAUUUACAACUCUGACAUCUCAAAUUAUAUUUGCCAUCCGAGCAGAAGCCAUCACCGUUUUCAAAAGAGGCAUCAUCCUCCUGAAACAAAUUCAUCUCAGUUCCCAAGUUCAAAAGGAGAGACUGCAAAACCAAGAGCAUACCAAUUUACUGGAUGGAGAAUUUGGAGAAAAAACACAACAGACUUGCCAUUUAAAACAGUUUACAGUACUACAUCAUCCUCAAACUUUACGAGUGAUUCAUCAUCAAGGAUGCCUGCUGCCGCCAAAAACCCCACCAAGAAGACUGUCUUUGGGCAUCAGUGGGUAGAUGAGUAUGCUUGGAUGCAGCAAGGUUUCUCAGAGGAAUUGCUACAAUACAUAAAGGCAGAAAACAACUUUUCAGAACAGUACUUCAACCAUUUGAAAGCUAUGCAAGAAAAGUUAAGAGCAGACAUUAUCCAAUGUGAGGAAGGUGAUUAUGGUUCUGAAACUAACCUGAAGGUCAUAGGGGACUAUGCUUACUAUUCUGACAUCUCAGAAAGUGGUUCUAGUAUUUUCUGUCGGAGGAACAUCAGGACAGGUGAAGACCAGGUGCUGUUGGAUUCCAAUCAUCUCAUGGAGUUAUUUGGUUACAACCAGGUCAUCAUCACUGGUUUCAAGAUAUCACCAUGCCAACGGUAUCUAGGGGCGGUAGUAGAAGGUAGUCCUGAUGCAUAUGAUGGGCAUAUUAUCAAGAUGGAGGUUGGUGGUCAGUGUCGCCUGGUGGAAUGCAUCCAAGAUAUUACCAAUAUGGAGUUUCUUGGUGAGGAUUCAGUGCUGUAUACAAAGCCAUUCAGCCUCCAAGCCAGGGAAGUGUGGAGACAUCGGAUCGGCUCCUCACAGCAGGGAGAUGAACUGGUGUUUGAGGAAAUGGAUGAAAGAUUCUUUGUAGAUCUGUCCCACACCAAAGACAGACGAUACGUCGUCAUCAACAGCAACUCUCGAACUUCCUCUGAGCUAUGGUUGAUCGACUGCCUCAGAAGCUCAUCAGAAACGCAGCCCGUGUUGGUUUGGCCGAGACAAGAUGGUGUAGAAUGCUACCUAGAUAGCUGUGGACAGACUCUCCUUGCGUUGUCCAAUGCUGGGGAUUCAUCUGAACUAAAAGCAAGUGAAAUUCUUCCAUCAAAAUCUACCAUUUUCAGUCUUGUCAGUGGUUGUGUACUACAGAGGGGUUUGAUAACAUGUAGAAAAGUCAUGAAAGUUUACAUUUAAAAAAAUCCAGGAUUGUAAAUCUGGUUUAUAUUCAUAUAUAUAUAGCAAUAGAUAAUCGAGAAUGCAUUGAAUGGAAAUGCAACUUCUUUUUGUCAGAUUUCCAUAGUGUGCUGACCUUGUUACCCUCUCUAGUUGAAUUUUGGGAAUUGCAAUAUACUUCUUCUGUUGAAGCUUUUACUAUAGCAAUUUAGCAAUCUAAGAUCUGUAGUUGUUAACAAAUUACAUAAAUUGUAUAACAUACUAUUAUUUGUAUUUGUUUACAACACACAGUCAUUUUAACAUCUACAUUAGACAAAUCUUAUCAUAACAAAGUCUAUAGCAUUCCUAAAAAGCUUCAAUGAGCUGCUGGGACUGGAUUCUCCCUUCAAGGUUCUAAGGAAAAUGCAAAACAGUAAUAUUUUUAUGCCUCCGCCACCGAAGGUGGUGC